AUGCAGGCUGCCCGGCUCCCCACCCCGUCCGCGUCCCUGGGCGCUCGGCUCUCGGCGCGUGCGUCCCGCGCGACGUCGGCCGCGGGCCGGCCUGCGCCUCGCCGCUCCCUCGUGGCCCGCGCCGAGGCCUCGCGGGCCCCCGGCGAGCCAGCGCCGUGGUCGGAGCCUGGGUACCUUGAUGCUGUAGUCUCCGCGCUACCCGACGCGCAGCAGCAGGCCGUCGUGGCGGGGAUCUUCGCGGGGCUCGGGCUCGGCACGUACGUCACGCUCACGCAGGUCGUGCCGGUGCUCGAGCAGGCGUUUGGCGGGAACACGCUGUACCAGCUGAACGCUGCCAGCCAGCCUUGGAUCCUUGGGCUGACGUUCAUGGCCGCAGGCUACGCCCACUUCGGUCUCCAGCAGGGCUUCCUCGACAUGAUGCCCCACCAGGGCGCGUUCGGCGGCCUCUGGCAGCUCCCGGGGAGCGACAAGUUUCACGUGGAGUGGACGGGCGUUGCCGAGCUGGUCGGCGGCGCCGGACUGCUGCUGGGAGCGAUCGACCGCACCUUCUCGCUCGGGCUGCUGCCGACGUGGGUCGAGCCCGCGGCGGCGCUGGGGCUCUUUUUCCUAGUCAUCGCUGUUUCGCCGGCAAACAUCUACAUGUACACAAACAACGCGCCAGGGCCGGUGCCGGAGGUGAUUCCGCCGGCGGGGCACUUCGUGCGGUUCCUCCUGCAGAUCGCGCUGCUGAGCGUGCUGUGGGGCCUCGCGAAGUUCUAG